GUGUGCUGCAGCACUUCGACUCUGUUUACGACUGUAAAACUCCUGUAUCACGCAGCCCGAUUGCAUUUGAAGCCUUUACAUGUAAUGAAAACGGUAUUGUUUCUUCAAGAAUGCUGGCGUCGCUCUUUGUGGUGGUUGUAGGUUUGUGCUACUGUAGCACGGAGAGCAGUGAGCCUUUUCUGUGGCGUCCUCAGCUCUACGGCCCCUCAGAGGGUCUGGUGACGCGCAUCGUACAAUUACAAUGUGAACUUCUGAGCUACCCGAAGAACGAAUCUGUCCUGCUGCAGCUCUUUAAGACGGGCACCCGUACCAGGGCGCUGGGCGAGUACACGCUGCACGGCCGCGUGGCGACCUUCAACCUGGUGCUCGGACCGCACCACGACGGCAGCCUGGAGUGUGUGGCCACGCUGCAGAACAACACCUUGUCCUCAGAGGCCAUCGUCAGCAACUCCCAUCACCUGAAGGUUGUUGUGCCAGUGAGAGGUGCAAGGAUUGAAGUCCUCCACGGGUCCCUGGAGUUCUUUGAGGGGAGGGGGCUGACGCUGCGCUGCACACUUCAAGCUGGAACUUAUGUCUCCUACAAGUGGUUCCUGAACGAUCGGCUCCUGCGCCAGUCUCAGUUCCGCCAUCAGGUCGCUGGCGACCUCCGCAUCAACAGAACCACCUCCAAAGACAGCGGCUCCUACAGGUGUGUGGCUGCCAACGAGUUCAACGGCACCCUCUUCACCUCCAACGCCUCUGAAGUGGUCGUUACUGUCAAAGACGCGGCGUCGGAGCCUGACAUCUCCUUCGUCGUCCUGAAGGAGGGCUCCCACGACUACUCGGCUGUGGUCACCUGUCAGUCGGCGAGGGGGGCCACGCCCAUCACAUUCUCCCUCUACAACGGCACGGGGCGACAAAUGAUCGGCAGUCAGACCAGCGGAGACAGAGAGGCCACGUUUAAGCUUCCCGUUGAGUUGGGCCGACACAUGGGAUGGAUCCGGUGCAACGCCAGCAAUGGAGCCUGGCCUGCGCACAGUCAAUGGCUGCCUUUAGAAGUCGUCCCGGUCAGCGGGCCGGUGAACAUAAGCUACGACUAUGACACUGGGCAGAACUACGCCGUGGUCCACCUGAGGUUCCACUGCAGGCCGGCGAAGGGCUCUCAUGCACGCUUCCACUGGUUCCUCAACGACACCCUCCUCCCCGAGCGCGGCAGCUUCUACAGGAUAAUCCACAAGCUCCCGGGAGAGUCCCAGCUGGAGCUGCACGUGGAGGGGAGGAGUGCAGGGACCUACCGGUGCGAGGCGUACGACAGCUUCGACAACAGCACCGGCUUCAGCAGCAAGAAGCAGUACAUGGAUGAAGAAGUGUUGAAUCGUCUUCCCGUCCUGGUGGUGGCAGUCGUCUUUGGGUGUUUCAUCUUCCUGAUUCUCCUCGUCUCCGUUUGCUGCUGGUUCGGCGUGAUGCGUAGGAGAAGACUUUUUGGAGACGCAUCACUGUUUGGUCUGGACAUCAAGAAAAACAUCAUUUUGUACGAAGGCGAGCUGGAUCUAUUAGACAACAGCGUGGAUGAAGAUUUGGGGAAGACAACCAGCAGGGAUGACUCGGAUCAGGCAUCUGAACCUUCUGUAGACGAAUGGCUGCAUAUGGCAGAACAGAGGAACACAAUGGAGGACGGGCCCAUCGAGUUUCCAUGAGAGAUCUUUGUGUUGCAGUUUGUUUGUACAAGCACCAGGACGUGUAGAUGUGUAGAAUGAGUACAAAAUAUAGUAUAUUCCAAGUAUAUUGAAUCAGUAAGAUAAGUAAUUAUUAUUCAUUAUGCAGUUUUUAUUUAUCUAUUAAUUAAUGUUUUUAUGAGGAGUGGCCUCAUAAAAACAUUUAUAAAAAACUAGCUUGCUUGAUGUUGAACAAUAAUUUACUAAAUAGUUGUUCCCACAUUUCUGCCUUUCUGACAUUAAUCUGACACACGGGUCAAGCUGCGAGCUCAUCUUUUACAUACACGUCCUGUGAACUGGACGCUUAUGAAAGCCUUGUUUUUUGGUGUGUGCUUGCUUAGAGAAGUGUAUUUUUAGCUUUUCCAUCCAUUUUUUGACGACGUCUUCCCUGAAACACCUUUGUUUUGCUUCGUUAAGGAGACGUUGUUUAAAUAAAUUUGCGGUAAACACAUUAAUUUUGUCUGCUCGUUUGGUGCACUGUGUUUUUAUGAAAACAUGAAAGAAAUGCACAAUUAUACUAAAGUCAUAUAAUUACA